ACUUACCUGGACGGGGUCGACUGGCUAUCAAGAAGGCCCGUGGCCUAGAUCAAUGGCCCACAUUGCACUUGGUGGAUGCGUUGGCUUACCAUCUCCCCAAGUGGGAGAGUGGACGUCAUAAUUUGUGGUAGAUGGGGUACGCGACGCAGUUCAGGUCUCGGUUUGCUGCUUCUUGAUCAGUUCAGAUCUCGGUUUGCUGCUUCUUGAUCCAGAUCAGGGUUUCUGAUCCAUAUAGUCUGUACUUUGUUACAAAAAUCAUGUAAUUUUAAAACUUUUUCCCAUAUCUGGGUUCCUGAUUUAUGAAGUCUACAGUUCCGGCGCCUGGCCCCUGCCAAUUCUGAUUUGGGUUCUUUUGGGCCAGAUCUGGGUUCUGAACCAUGUAGACUUUGUUUCAUGAGCCGUUCAUGAGCCGUUUAUGCGCUGCAGUCUCAU